AUGACCAAUGAUGAAGAUGUGGAUUAUGCUAGUGAGGAACUUGACAGUGAAGAUGUUGAUGAUAGUGACAUGGGUGAGAAACCUUCCAAGCCAAAGUAUGACAACUUCAGAUCAGAGCUGCUCAACAAAGACUUUCAAUUCAAAUUAGGUAUGGAGUUCAAAUCUCUCUCUAAAUUUAAAGAUGCUAUUAGGGAGUGGUCUGUUUUAAAUGGUAGAGAGAUAAGUUUUGUUAAGAAUGAGAGUUAUAGGGUUAGGGUUGAGUGCAAGGGUAAAUGUGGCAUUUUGGCAUUAUGUAGUAAAGUGGGAGACAGUCACACUUACCAGAUAAAGACUUGGGUGGGGACCCACACAUGUGCAAGGGUAUUAAAUAACAAGUCUGCCAAUUCCAAGUGGGUCUCUAAGUUAGUGGUUAAAAAGAGGAAGUCACAAGGGAAAGUCAAGUUGUCUGAAAUUAUGGCUGAGCUUAGACAGAAAUAUUCAGUAGGCAUCACCAAAGGAAAAGCUUGGAGAGAAAAAGCAAUGGAUGAGGAAAUAAUUGAAGGUGAUGCAAAGGAACAGUAUAAUAUGUUAUGGAGUUAUGCAGCUGAGUUGAGAAAACAUUGUGCUGGUAAUACUGUUAAGAUAAACACUGAGAGACCAUAUCCAACACUACCACCAAGAUUUGGGAGAUUUUAUUUCUGUUUGGAUGGCUGCAAGAAAGGGUUUACCAAUGGUUGUAGACCAUUUAUAGGUGUAGAUGGGUAUCAUCUUAAGAAACAAUAUGGAGGUCAGCUGUUAAUUGCUGUAGCAAGGGACCCAAAUGACCAAUAUUAUCCUUUGGCAUUUGGUGUGGUGGAGACUGAGACAAAGGAAAGAUGGAGAUGGUUUAUGCAAUUGCUAAUGGAAGACAUUGGAUCUGAGAGAAAGUAUGUUUUUAUAUCAGAUCAACAAAAGGGGAUUGUUAGUGUCUUUGAGGAGAUGUUUGAACAAAUAGAACAUAGGCUUGAUAAGCGGAAGCACAAUGUCAUGCCUAAUCCUAGGAAAAGGCUUGAUAAGGAAACUCAUUUAAGUGGAGAAUGGCUGCCUACAUGGAGUAGUGGUGAUUUGUGGCAAGUUCAUCACCCAUAUAAUGGGUUGCAGUUUGUUGUUGACAUUCGGAAGAAAACUUGCACUUGUUGCUGUUGGGAUCUUGUAGGCAUACCUUGUAGACAUGCUGUUUAUGCAUUGCAAUAUCAGAAUUUAGAUCCUGAGAAGUAUGUUGACCCUUGUUACAUGAGAGAUGCUUACAAGGCAUGUUAUGAAAACAAUGUUGGCCCAAUAAAUGGCAUGGACAUGUGGCCCACUAUGGAUGUUGAAAACUUUUUGCCACCACAAUACAAGAAGGGACCUGGAAGGCCUAAGAAACAGAGGUUUAGAGAGUUGGAUGAGAGUGGAUCAAGGAUGAGGAGGGUAGGUGUAUCAUAUAGAUGCACAAAGUGUGACAAAUUGGGCCACAAUUCUAGGAAGUGUCAAGCUACUGAGCAACAUCCUAAUGCACUAAAGAGAAAGGAUUGUUGUAUUGAUGUUGUUGCAGGGAGUAUUGAGGAAGAUGCUGAGAUGAACUGA